AUGCUUCCACCCCUGAAUCCAAAUCAAUGGGGAAGGGUUACUGGAGGACCGAGGCAGGGACAAUCUAGUGGUGGAGAUGGCAGAGGGAAUAAUGUCCAACAAGUAAGCCAGGGUAGACCAUCGAGUGCUGCUUCCAAUACUAACAACAAUAGAGGAAAACAACCAGUUGGGGCCAGCAAUUCAGGAAGCCAGGGGAGAAUUUUCGUUGUCAAUAGCGCCCAGGCUCAAGCAAGCGACGCCGUUGCCGGUACUUUCCUAAUAAACUAUGUGCCUGGUUUAGUUCUAUUUGAUACAGGAGCCACGAAUUCUUUCAUCUCUUGCAUGCUUGCUGAUAAAUUGGGGUUAAGAUCUACUACUAGGUUAAACCUUAACGUAAUGACUGCCUCAGGACUAGUAGUAGCUUGUAAGAACAUAUAUGAGAAUGUUUCUAUAGAGAUAGCGGGAGUUAACUGUCCCGGGAAUCUUAUUCGGUUUGAGUUGGAAGGUAUAGAUGUGGUAUUGGGAAUGGACUGGUUAGAGAAAUAUAAAGCUCGAAUAGUGUGUAAUGAAAAGAAAAUUCUGUUAAGAGGACCGAAAGGGAAAAGGGUUUCAUAUCGAGGAAUCGAGAAGGAGCCCGAACCAAAGCUGAUGACAAUGCGAAGACUGAGAAAAUACGCACAAAAGGGGUAUGAAGUGUACCUCUGUCUGGUGCAGGAUACGGAGGUAGAAAAACUGGAGAUCAGUCGGAUCCCAGUGGUGUGUGAAUUUCCGGACAUGUUCCCGGAUGAUCUUGCAGGAAUGCCCCCUGAAAGAGAAGUGGAAUUCACCAUUGACCUGAUGCCAGGAACAUCAACUAUUUCCAAAGCACCUUAA